AUGGAGCACCCAGGGGAGAAAGAGGGUGAGCGACCGGCGCGCAGCAGCAAAGCGGGUCAGGGGCGCAGCGGGCACUCGCGCCCCUCGGGAUCAGGCUCCUCCGGAGUGCUCAUGGUGGGGCCCAACUUCCGUGUGGGCAAGAAGAUCGGCUGUGGUAACUUUGGAGAGCUGAAGCUAGGUAAGAACAGCCUCACCCUGUAAAUAAUACGCUUGUUUUUUUGUUGUUGGGUGUUUGGAAAUGACGAUACAGUAUAUACUGUAUGUAUGAACAUUAGUUUAAAACUGAAAAUAUUGGGCCUCAACUAUGUUCUACUCCUCUUGGAAAUAUAAAACCUUGUUCAUUGAUAUAUUCCUAAUGACAGUGCCCUCUUUUCACCCUCACUAUCAAAUUGUACAUGGGGCUUAACUGUGUACACUUUGUUAAACACACUGUUAAUCUUGUCAUAUCUCAACUUGAUGAAUAAAGUUGGAUGCAAUGACUGCAUCAUAAAGAGUUCAGACCCCAGCUACUCUGCAAAGGCUGUAGACACCUGAAUUGACACCCAGAUUACAUUGGCGGCAAAUAUGUAUUUCAUUUUCAUUAUGGAUAAUAACUUUGAGAGCUGAAUGUCUAUCCCCCUGCACCUCCUUCUAAGAUAUCUGGAUUGUCUAAUGACUAUCUACUCCAGGCAGGAUAGUGAGGCGCAUGAAGCCAUAUGAAAUGACUGAGCUAUAGCCAGAAAGCUAAUGCUUUACUGUUUGUACUGAAAUGGCUCAGUUCUGAAACUGGUUGAGAGACUAAGAUUCUCCUCCCCUCUGCUCUGCUGCCGCCCACGUGGAAAAUAGUCCGGGAGGGGGUGGGUGAGAGAAUGGAUUUUCUUUGGUAUGCUCCAUGCAUGCACUGCUGAAGUUCUCUGAGGCCUAUUGUUUGCCUUUGGCAUUGUCACUCAGCAUGAGUGUGGCUGGGUUCCAUAGGCUCAUCUACUAACUUAUGAGGGAUUUAAGAAUGUCCUUAAUUGUCCUGACAUUUUAAAAGCUGAACUGCUAGUGAUAGAAGUUGAGAGGAGGUAAGCCUACAGGGUGCAAGACAUCUUAACAUCUUAUGUGAAUACUGAAUGACUUAGGAGGGUUGUUAUUCAGUCCUGUGUUCUCUUCUGACUAGAUUGAAUCAAAUGUUACUUUGUUAUAGAGCUGGGUGAUAUAGACAUAUAUCCAUAUCGUGCUAAAUUGCCUGAAUUGAUGUGAUAACGUUAAAUAGAACGGUACGUUUUAUAACAUUAAUGUGCACCAGUUAUUAUUUGUUAUGAUCCUUUAAACUACUACUAAACUCAGCAAAAAAAAGAAACUUCCCUUUUUCAGGACACUGUCUUUCAAAGAUAAUUAGUAAAAAUCCAAAUAACUUCACAGAUCUUAAUUGUAAAGGGUUUAAACACUGUUUUCCAUGCUUGUUCAAUGAACCAUAAACAAUUAAUGAACAUGCACCUGUGGAGCGGUCGUUAAAACACUAACAGCUUACAGGCGGUAGGCAAUUAAGGUCACAGUUAUGAAAACUUAGGACACUAAAGAGGCCUUUCUACUGACUCUGAAAAACACCAAAAGAAAGAUGCCCAGGGUCCCUGCUCAUCUGCGUGAACGUGCCUUAGGCAUGCUGCAAGGAGGCAUGAGGACUGCAGAUGUGGCCAGGGCAAUAAAUUGCAAUGUCCGUACUGUGAGACGCCUAAGACAGCGCUACAGGGAGACAGGACGGACAGCUGAUCGUCCUCGCAGUGGCAGACCACGUGUAACAACACCUGCACAGGAUCGGUAUAUCCGAACAUCACACCUGCGGGACAGGUACAGGAUGGCAACAACAACUGCCCGAGUUACACCAGGAACGCACAAUCCCUCCUUCAGUGCUCAGACUGUCCGCAAUAGGCUGAGAGAGGCUGGACUGAGGGCUUGUAGGCCUGUUGUAAGGCAGGUCCUCACCAGACAUCACCGGCAACAACGUCGCCAAUGGGCACAAACCCACCGUCGCUGGACCAGACAGGACUGGCAAAAAGUGCUCUUCACUGACGAGUCACGGUUUUGUCUCACCAGGGGUAAUGGUCGGAUUCGCGUUUAACGUAGAAGGAAUGAGCGUUACACCGAGGCCUGUACUCUGGAGUGGGAUCAAUUUUGGAGGUGGAGGGUCCGUCAUGGUCUGGGGCGGUGUGUCACAGUAUCAUCGGACUGAGCUUGUUGUCAUUGCAGGCAAUCUCAACGCUGUGCGUUACAGGGAAGACAUCCUCCUCCCUCAUGUGGUACCCUUCCUGCAGGCUCAUCCUGACAAGACCCUCCAGCAUAACAAUGCCACCAGCCAUACUGCUCGUUCUGUGCUGCCAUGGCCAGCGACAAGCCCGGAUCUCAAUCCCAUUGAGCACGUCUGGGACCUGUUGGAUCGGAGGGUGAGGGCUAGGGCCAUUCCCCCCAGAAAUGUCUGGGAUCUUGCAGGUGCCUUGGUGGGAGAGUGGGGUAACAUCUCACAGCAAGAACUGGCAAAUCUGGUUCAGUCCAUGAGGAGGAGAUGCACUGCAGUACUUAAUGCAGCUGUUAGCCACACCAGAUACUGACUGUUACUUUAGAUUUUGACCCCCCCUUUGUUCAGGGACACAUUAUUCAAUUUCUGUUAGUCACAUGUCUGUGGAACUUGUUCAGUUUAUGUCUCAGUUGUUGAAUCUUGUUAUGUUCAUACAAAUAUUUACACAUGUUAAGAUUGCUGAAAAUAAACGCAGUUGACAGUGAGAGGACGUUUCUUUUUUUGCUGAGUUUAGUAGUUUGAUGGUUGUAGCAAUCAAUUGUCCCAUUUAACAAUCACCCUUAUUAGAAAACUCAUUUCAAACUUUGCAUUUCUCUAGUAUAGGCUACUUAUGAACGAUAUCAGCAAAAUUCCUGCGAUAAGUGAUCGGUAUGGUCGGUGUCGAUAUACAUUUUUGGUUUAUCGUCCUAACUUUGUUUUGUUAAUCAAGGGACCUCAUGACAAAUCGUUGUAAUUUCAACAUUGCACAAUCUCAAUGGUCAAACGUAGAGGAUUGUAUUUGUUAUAAAUAGAACAUGUCAGAAGGUGUCUUCAUUGAGUCUGUGCUAACCAGAAAAUAAGCCUCCAUGAUGUUGACACUAAACCUUGUGCCCACUUUGACAUUUUAAGUCUGGAAUCUCAAGACAUUGAUGGUCCAUUUCAAAAGGCAUAAUCGUUUCACUCUAUGUAGUAUUUUAAGUACAGUACUUGAAUUCUACAAUGAACCAUAUUCUCCCACUGCCCUACGUAUUCCCCCACACUUAUACAAACAACAUUGCACUGCUCUGCGCAGGAUCAUUGCAUCAAAACACCAGCCUUGUUCUCACUUUCCUACCUAUUGUCACACUGUUGGCGUCAGCACUUUCAUUCUCAGCUUGCCCCGCAAAGGUGCUGAAUUUCACAUGCCUGCUAGGGGAUUUAUGCCGCACUUCACUUCUCUCAGAUGACACCUUUUGUAUUGCGAUAUCACUUAUAGCAGGGGUCGGCAACAGGCGGCCCGGGGGAUUUUUUCGGGGGUCCACCCCAAAGUAAAAAUUAUAAUUUAAUAAUAGGAGGGAUUUUUUUGUUUUUACUCAAAAUACAAAAAUCACCAGGAAUUUAUCUAAAAAUGAGUUUCAUUUAGGAAAUCUGUUCACCAAGUAUUCCCACAAAUAAAAGAGACAUACAGUGCCUUCAGAAAGUAUGCACCCCUUGACUUUUUCUACAUUUUGUUGUUACAGCCUGAAUUAAAAAUGGAUUACAUUGAGAUGUUUUGUCACUGGCCUACACACAAUACCCCAUAAUGUCAGUGGAAUUAUGUUUUAUUUUUAUUAACAAUGAAGACCUUAAAUGUCUUGUCAAGUAUUCAACCCCUUUGUUAUGGCAAGCCUAAAUAAGUUCAGGAGUAAACAUUUGCUUAACAAUUCACAUAAAUUGCAUGGACUCACUCUGUUUGCAACAAUAGGGUUGAACAUGGUUUUCAUCUCUGUACCCCACACAUACAAUUAUCUGUAAGGUCCCUCAGUCGAGCAGUACAUUUCAAACACAGAUUCAACUACAAAGACCAGGGAGGUUUUCCAGUGCCUCGCAAAGAAGGGCACCUAUUGGUAGAUGGGUAAACUGGGAGAACUGAGGAUGGCUCAACAACAUUGUAGUUACUCCACAAUACUAACCUAAUUGACAGUGAAAAGAAAGAAGCCUGUACAGAAUAACUAUUCUAAAACAUGCAUCCUGUUUGCAAUAAGGCAGUCAAGUAAAACUGCAAAGAAAUGUGCCAAAGAAAUGAACUUGAAUACAAAGUGUCUUGAAUAAAAAGUGUUAUCUUUGGGGCAAAUCCAAUACAACACAUUACGGAGUACCACACCCCAUAUUUUCAAGCAUAGUGGUGGCUGCAUCAUGUUAUGGGAAUGCUUGUAAUCAUUAAGGACUGGGGAGUUUUUCAGGAUAAAAAAGAAAUGGAAUGGAGUUAAGCACAGGCAAAAUCCUAGAAGAACCUGGUUCAGUCUGCUUUCCACCAGACACUGGGAGAUGAAUUCACCUUUCGGCAGGACUGAAGCUGAAGAAUUUUGAAAAGAAUAAUGGGCAAAUGUUGCACAGUCCAGGUGUCCAAAGCUCUUAGAGACUAACCCAGAAAGACUUACAGCUGUAUUCGCUGCCAAAGGUGCUUCUACAAUUAUUGACUCGGGUGUGAAUACUUAUGUAAAUUUACAUUUACGUCAUUUAGCAGACGCUCUUAUCCAGAGCGACUUACAAAUUGGUGCAUUCACCCUAUAGCUAGUGGGAUAACCACUUUACAAAUUUUUUAUAAUUUUUAUUUUAUUUAUUUAUUAUUAUAAAAAUUUUGGGGGGGGGGGUAGAAGGAUUACUUUAUCCUAUCCCAGGUAUUCCUUAAAGAGGUGGGGUUUCAAAUGUCUCCGGAAGGUGGUGAGUGACUCCGCUGUCCUGGCGUCGUGAGGGAGCUUGUUCCACCAUUGGGGUGCCAGAGCAGCGAACAGUUUUGACUGGGCUGAGCGGGAACUAUGCUUCCGCAGAGGAAGGGGAGCCAGCAGGCCAGAGGUGGAUGAACGCAAUGCCCUCGUCUGGGUGUAGGGACUGAUCAGAGCCUGAAGGUACGGCGGUGCCGUUCCCCUCACAGCUCCAUAGGCAAGCACCAUGGUCUUGUAACGGAUGCGAGCUUCAACUGGAAGCCAGUGGAGUGUGCGGAGGAGCGGGGUGACGUGAGAGAACUUGGGAAGGUUGAACACCAGACGGGCUGCGGCAUUCUGGAUGAGUUGUAGGGGUUUAAUGGCACAGGCAGGGAGCCCAGCCAACAGCGAGUUGCAGUAAUCCAGACGGGAGAUGACAAGUGCCUGGAUUAGGACCUGUGCCGCUUCCUGUGUAAGGCAGGGUCGUACUCUCCGAAUGUUGUAGAGUAUGAACCUGCAGGAUCGGGUCACCGCCUUGAUGUUAGCUGAGAACGACAGGGUGUUGUCCAGGGUCACGCCAAGGCUCUUCGCACUCUGGGAGGAGGACACAACGGAGUUGUCAACCGUGAUGGCGAGAUCAUGGAAUGGGCAGUCCUUCCCCGGGAGGAAGAGCAGCUCCGUCUUGCCAAGGUUCAGCUUGAGGUGGUGAUCCGUUAUCCAUACUGAUAUGUCUGCCAGACAUGCAGAGAUGCGAUUCGCCACCUGGUUAUCAGAAGGGGGAAAGGAGAAGAUUAGUUGUGUAUCGUCAGUGUAGCAAUGAUAGGAGAGGCCAUGUGAGGAUAUGACAGAGCCAAGUGACUUGGUGUAUAGCGAGAAUAGGAGAGGGCCUAGAACUGAGCCCUGGGGGACACCAGUGGUGAGAGCACGUGGUGCGGAGACAGCUUCUCGCCACGCCACUUGGUAGGAGCGACCGGUCAGGUAGGACGCAAUCCAAGAGUGAGCCGCGCCGGAGAUGCCCAGCUCGGAGAGGGUGGAGAGGAGGAUCUGAUGGUUCACAGUAUCAAAGGCAGCAGACAGGUCUAGAAGGACAAGAGCAGAGGAGAGAGAGUUAGCUUUAGCAGUGCGGAGAGCCUCCGUGACACAGAGAAGAGCAGUCUCAGUUGAAUGACCAGUCCUGAAACCUGACUGGUUUGGAUCAAGAAGGUCAUUCUGAGAGCGAUAGCAAGAGAGUUGGCUAAAGACGGCACGCUCAAUAGUUUUGGAAAGAAAAGAAAGAAGGGAUACUGGUCUGUAGUUGUUGACAUCAGAGGGAUCGAGUGUUGAUUUUUUGAGAAGGGGUGCAACUCUCGCUCUCUUGAAGACGGAAGGGACAUAGCCAGCGGUCAAGGAUGAGUUGAUCAGCGAGGUGAGGUAGGGGAGAAGGUCACCGGAGAUGGUCUGGAGAAGAGAGGAGGGGAUGGGGUCAAGCGGGCAGGUUGUUGGGAUCUGUAUUUCAUUUUCAGUAAAUGUGAAAACAUUUCUAAAAACAGGUUUUCACUUUGUCAUUAUGGGGUAUUGUGUGUAGAUGGGUGAGAUUUAAAAAUAUAUAUAAUCCAUUUUGAAUCCAGGCUAUAACACCACAAUGUGGAAUAAGUAUGAAUACUUUCUGAAGGCACUGUAUGUGAUCGUGUCUCAAGGUAUAAAAUGAUUAUUUUGGGCUUAGUUGUCGUCAAUUUGCAGUGUGUAAAUUAUUAUAAUUAUGUUCCGGCCCCCAUGACCAUCCCCUCCGACAAAAAUCGGCCCGCGGCUGAGUCUAGUUGCCUUCCCCUGACUUAGAGUGAUUGAGGCAUACAUUCUCUCCUAUUACAAUCAAAGACAGAUCAUUCGAGGAAAAUGGAGGACAAAAUUACUUUUGCUUUGUUAAUUCAUUUGAAAUUGGUAGUUUUAUGCAGGACAUGCACCCAGUGAUGGGGUUCACAGAAAACUGCAAUACAUGGCAUUGCACAAUAGCCAUAUGCAGAUGCGUAAUGGUGCAUUAGAGGCCCCUGGUUAUUGUCCUCCUCACCUCAAAACUGUCCAAUGCGAACCUUACACACCACUGACUUUCCAGAUGCUUUGUUCAGUCAUCACUGUUAUUUGUGAAGCAUGUGUCUUCGAGACCUAUGGGAGUUUAAAUGGUUCCUUAAGACUCCUAAAAUAUUCCUUGGUGGCUGCACUGGAUGUGCCAUCUCAUCUGUUAGAAAUAAGUUGUUUACCCAACCUUCUAAUAACCUUUUUUUUAUGUUAUCCAGGGAAAAACCUCUACACCAACGAGUAUGUUGCAAUAAAAUUGGUAAGUAUGGAGCCUUAUUAGGGUUGGGCACUAUUUUCAUAUCGUCAUACUGUCCUUCUCUCACAAUGGGAUGUACGGUAUUACCGGCUUAGUACACAAGGGGUGCCAUAAACAUAAAAAAGCCUAUUGGGCGUCUCUUACUAGAAUGCUAACAAAAUAAGCACAAGUAAGAGCGAAUUUCCAUGGGGGCUGCUAGCUACAUAUGCUAACGAGCGCAACCAAAAAUAAACGAAUUGCAAAGACAGGCAAUCCAGCUCAUAAAGUUAUACAUGUAUAGGUAGUAGCUACCGAAUGUCGUUUUUGGUGACUGGACAUUUGCAAGCCGAUUUGAACGAGAGACAUUGCAAAUGGACAAAGUUUUGCUCGUCUGAAGGAAGAACAGUACUGCCUCUGGAGCAGCAUGUCUACACGCUGUGUCUGUGUGGAGUCUAGGGCAAUGGGUCUGCCUGCUCUGCUCGGAAAAGAGGGGGCAGGAGCAGACGGACCGAGAAUGGACAGGAUAAAAAACUCAAGGAAAUCAAGAUAACAGUGGCAGCUGUACAAAUAACUUAUCCAAAGGGCUUUGACUUCUUAAACACGGCAGAAAGCUAACACAAUAUGAUGCCCCGUCACCUUAUUAAUUCAGCCACUUACUUUAGAUAACAUUCUUGCUAACGCAGAAUUCUAUGUUUUUCGUGCAGGAAAAAAAUAUAAAACGCAUAAGAAAUAUCUUGCUGCGUUUUCUAAACGCAGAUCUAAAAUGCUUAUUGUAAUUUCUGCUCGGCAUCAGACUAAUUUUGUGCUUCAGUUGCACUUCUAAACUCGGAUGAGAAUUCAGGAAAAGGGCAUUCUAUCAGCAGACAACGCUCUGACUGGUGUGUAGCUACUUUUCUCCUGUACCUUUCUCGUUUUUUUCUCAGGUAAAAUGCAAGAUUAACUAAUUUAAGAACUGAUUAAUUAAGCAAAACAUUGGGCAAUGUAGCUGACUACAUUUUUUCUAUGGGGGGCCUAAAAAUUAGAAAUAGUGCAUUCGGAAAGUAUUCAGACCCCUUCACUUUUUCCACAUUUUGUUACGUUAUAGCCUUAUUCUAAAAUGGAUUAAAUAAAUAAAUAAUCCUCAUCAAUCUACACACAAUACCACAUAAUGACAAAGGUUCUAAUUUUUUGGACAAAUGUAUUUAAAACAAAAAACAGAUACCUUAUUUACAUAAGUAUUCAGACCCAUUGAUCAUCCUUGAGAUGUUUCUACAACUUGAUUGGAGUCCACAUGUGGUAAAUUCAAUUGAUUUGACAUGAUUUGGAAUGGCACACACAAAAAACAAGUUUUAAAUAGUCAAUUACAUGCUAAUUAUAGAAUUUCUUAACCUUUAAUUUGAAAGUUGUUUGUUUGAAUGAUAAUUCAUUUCAAUUUUCAUAUUUAGUGUAGGUGUAAUUCUUAUUGUUGAAGUGUAGUGAAUUCCUUUUGUAUUAUUCUUCCAGGAACCAAUAAAGUCAAGGGCACCACAGCUGCAUUUGGAGUACCGGUUUUACAAAACAUUAGGCAGCAC